AUGGCGAAGGUUGAAAGCAGCAUGGCUCGGGUGGUUUUAGAGCCAUACGCGCAGUUCGACCUCACCGCCCACUCACGCGCCAGUUCGAUUCGAUCGCUGGCACUUGCCACACUGCCCCACGCGAUACGGCGCAAUACCACAGUUCUCUAUGUUGGCACUCACUCGGGAACCCUCUUCUCCCUUUCUGCGGACUCCAACGACGGUGACGGCGCCCUGAACGACGCCAUUCUGCGGAAGCUUUCGUUCCUGCGGAGCGUCUCGGUGAGCGACGCUGCCGUGGAGUGCAUUUCGGUGAUCGAGGAGUUCGGGAAGGUUCUGUUGCUCUCCGAUGGGGCUUUGUUCUUAGUGGACUCGGAACUCUCGAAUCGCGCUUCCAAAUUGAGUUUCUCCAAGGGAGUUUCGUUGGUCACGAGGAGAAGGUUCAGGAACGGCGAAUCAGAGGGUUUGGGUUUGAGUUCGGGUUCGGGGUUAGGAUUGUUUCAGAAAUUGAGAAUUAACUCGAUGAAGGAAGGUGAAGUGCAGAGUGACAGUGGUGGUGUUUUUGCAGUUGUUGUUGGGAAGAGGUUGAUUCUUGCGGAGCUUGUUUUGGGGAAUAGGAAUGGGAAAAAUGAGAGGGAUGAUGGUGGUGGUGGCACUCUUGUGGUUUUGAAGGAGAUUCAGUGCGUAGAUGGGGUUGUUAGUGCCAUGGUGUGGCUUAAUGAUUCUAUUGUUGUUGGAACUGUGAAUGGGUAUAGUUUGAUUUCCUCUGUAACUGGGCAGAGCAGUGUGAUCUUCUCGCUACCGGAUGUGUCGCGGCCGCCAAGGUUGAAGCUUUUGCACAAGGAGUGGAGGGUGCUGCUGUUGGUGGACAAUGUGGGGGUUAUUGUCGACGGCCAUGGACAGCCAGUAGGAGGGAGUCUGGUGUUCCGGCAUGGGUUGGACUCGGUGGGAGAGAUUGGUUCUUAUGUGGUUGUGGUGAGUGAUGGGAAGAUUGAGUUGUAUCAUAAGAGGUAUGGUGGCUGUGUUCAGGUUUUGCCGUUUGGUGGGGAAGGAAUUGGGCGAUGUGUUGUCGCCAGCGAGGAAGCUAGGGAUGGGAAGCUUGUUGUUGUUGCCACUGCUACUAAGAUAGUAUACAUUACAAUGUCACCCAGCACUAAGAGGUGUGUGGCUGAUGAACAAAGCAAAGUUGAAGGCUUCAAUAGGGGCAUAUUUGAGCUAGGUCAACAGAACAGAGAGGUAGUGUGCUAUCAGAAAUUACCUUCUGUAGAACAAAUAAAAGACCUUCUGAGGAAGAAGAACUAUAAGGGAGCCAUAUCCUUGGUGGAGGAGCUCGAGUCCGAAGGGGAAAUGCCAAAAGAUUUGCUUUCGUUUGUUCAUGCUCAAGUGGGAUUCCUUUUGCUUUUUGACUUGCAUUUUAAAGAAGCAGUGGACCACUUCUUGCUUUCUGAGACAAUGCAACCUUCUGAAGUAUUCCCAUUUAUAAUGCGUGAUCCAAAUCGAUGGUCCUUGCUGGUUCCUAGGAAUAGGUAUUGGGGUUUGCAUCCUCCACCAGCCCCUCUUGAAGAUGUGAUAGAUGAUGGGUUAAUGACAAUCCAAAGAGCUUCUUUUCUGAGGAAAGCAGGUGUAGAAACAAUAGUAGAUAACGAUCUUUUUCUCAAUCCAGCUAAUAGAGCUGAUUUGUUGAAGUCAGCAAUCAAGAACAUUAGCAGGUAUUUGGAGGCCUGUCGAGAAAAAGAUCUAACAGAAUCAGUCAGGGAGGGAGUUGACACUCUACUAAUGUAUCUCUACAGAGCUCUAAAUUGCGUUGAGGACAUGGAGAGGCUGGCAUCUUCUACAAACUGGUGUGUUGUGGAGGAAUUGGAACAGAUGUUGGAAGAGUCUGGGCACCUACGGACACUUGCCUUCUUAUGUGCAAGUAAAGGAAUGAGCUCAAAAGCUGUGCAUAUUUGGCACAUCCUAGCGAGAAAUUAUUCAUCUGGCCUGUGGAAAGACCCUGGUUUGGAUAGUGGGGAAAGCCUUAUUUCUGGCAGGGCAAUUGCUGCAGCAGAAGCUUCAAAGAUUCUUGAGGAAUCAUCUGACCAAGAGUUGAUUCUACAACAUCUAGGAUGGAUUGCAGAUAUUAGCCAGUUUCUUGCAGUCAAAGUUUUAACUUCAGACAAACGAGAGAUACAUCUUUCUCCUGAUGAAGUUGUUACGACUAUAGAUCCACAGAAGGUAGAAAUUUUACAGAGGUAUCUCCAGUGGUUGAUUGAAGAGCAGGACUGCAGUGAUACACAGUUCCAUACGUUGUAUGCCCUCUCACUUGCCAAAUCAGCAAUUGAAGUCUUUGAAACUGAAAAUAUCUCUGAAAAUCCUGAUAGUGGAAAUAUACAGAGAAGUUUGGCUACGAUGAAGAACUCAAUCUUUCACAUUCCUGUCAGGGAAAGAUUGCAGGUAUUUUUGCAAUCCUCAGACUUGUAUGAUCCAGAAGAGGUUCUGGACUUGAUUGAAGGAUCAGAAUUGUGGCUAGAAAAGGCUAUUCUGUAUCGAAGACUGGGGCAGGAGACUUUAGUCCUCCAAAUUUUGGCUUUGAAACUGGAAGAUAGUGAAGCUGCCGAGCAGUAUUGUGCUGAGAUAGGAAGAGCUGAUGCCUACAUGCAGUUGCUUGAAAUGUAUUUGGAUCCACAAGAUGGUAAGGAUCCCAUGUUUACUGCUGCUGUUCGCCUGCUCCAUAAUCAUGGAGAAUCAUUAGAUCCAUUGCAAGUCUUAGAGAAACUGUCUCCAGAUAUGCCACUUCAACUUGCUUCUGAGACUUUACUAAGAAUGUUCAGGGCCAGAGUUCAUCAUCAUCGUCAAGGACAGAUUGUGCAUAAUUUAUCUCGUGCUGUGGACAUUGAUGCAAGAUCGUCAAGAUUGGAGGAGAGGUCAAGGCAUGUGCAAAUUGAUGAUGAGAGCCUCUGUGAUUCCUGUGAAGCGCGCCUUGGUACGAAGCUAUUUGCUAUGUAUCCUGAUGACACUGUUGUAUGUUACAAGUGUUACCGUCGUCAAGGUGAGUCAGUGUCUGUCUCAGGCCGCAAUUUUAAGGAAGACAUCCUAAUUAAACCGGGUUGGCUCGUGAGUCGUUGA